UAAGGGCAGGAAUGGAGGCAGGAACAAGCACGGACGUGGACACGUCAACUUCAUUCGAUGCUCUAACUGCGGAAAAUGCUGCCCCAAGGUGAAAUAGAUGAGACGGCGGAGGUGAUAGCUAAAGCUCUAAUUAGAAAUUAUCCUGACUUUGAGUUCAAGGUCUAUUAUCCUGCUGUUAAAGAGCAGAGGAAGCUAAAGAACGGGUCUAUCUCGGUAAAACUAAAGCCUCUUUUUCCAGGUUAUGUCUUCCGAAAUUGUGUCAUGAACAAAGAGAUCCAUGACUUCAUAAGAGAAGUUGAUCGUGUUGGAGGUUUUGUUGGAUCCAAAGUUGGAAACACGAGAGGGACUGGAGGUGCUACAUGCUCACCGUAUCAUUCAUCGCGAUCUCAAACCUGAGGGUAAACUGCUUACAAGAGCUGGUGAUAUUUCUGAAUUUGCCAUGCCAGACUCGAUGAAGAUUUCUCAGUAAAGACUUUUGAGCUUGUUUUCAAGCUAUGAGUCAUAUUUUGCACGAUGAUUUAAUAUAGGCUAUUUAUGUAAAAGUUUGUAAACAAUUUAUGUAUCUCUCUACUAUUUUGGUGAAUGUAU